AGCGAGCGCCCUUCCGCAGCCCCAGUUGGCUUCUACUCAGCACUCCACCUCCUUUCUUCCAGUUCUCUGGGGUACAAAUUGGGUUCAGGCGCGUCUGAGAGAUCUUCGCAAUGGCUUACUCCAGCCCACAGAUCAUCUACAAUCCGGCAGUGCCCUUUAUUGGGUCUAUCCAAGGGGGUCUCCAUGUUGGUAAAGAGAUCACAGUGAUCGGAAGAGUGCUGCCAGGGGCAAAGAGGUUUGACAUCAAUUUCAAAUGUGGUCCGGAUAUUGCUUUCCAUUUCAAUCCACGUUAUGAGGGGAGUCAGAAAUAUGUGGUUUGCAACACUCAGCAGCACCACUCAUGGGGUAGUGAAGAGCGAAAGUAUGAGGCCUUUGUCCAGGAGGGCUCGAUGUUCACAAUGACCAUCCAGGUCAAUCAGGACUCCUAUAUGGUGCUGCGGAACGGCUCCUAUUUUCUCCAUUACAUGCAUAGGCUCCCCUUCUCAAGAGUGGACAACUUCUCGGUGAAUGGUGAUGUGCAGAUCACUUCUAUUGCAUUUCAAAAUGCAGUUGUGGCUGCACCUCAGCUGGGAUUUGGCCAAAUGAUGGCUCCAGCAAAUCUGGGAUGCGGACAAAUGAUGACACCUCCUAUAUACUCUCCUGCUCCAAGUUACGCAGUACCGUACAAAACCAUUAUUAAUGGAGGUUGCUACCCAUCAAGGAGGAUUAUGAUCAACGGCAGUAUUCCAAACUAUGCAACAAGGUUUCAUAUUAAUCUGAGGUUCCAUUCUGGAAUUGCACUUCAUCUAAAUCCAAGGUUCAAUGAGAAUGCUGUGGUGCGGAACAGUUUCUUGAAUGAAAGCUGGGGUCCAGAGGAGAGACACCUCGCGAUGAUGCCCUUAAUGCGCGGCCAAAGCUUCACGAUCUUGAUUCAAUGCGAGAGUUCCCGUUUUAACAUUGUGCUCAAUGGCAAGCACGCUAUCACCUUCAAUCACAGGGUUUCCCAGCUUCAAGAUAUCGAUGUGCUUGAGAUUGAUGGGGAUGUUAGUCUCACCUGGGUUCAGGUCUGAAAACCGGGCUUUGGAGUCAUAGAUGAGCAGGACCGGCCUUCCACUUUCCUUUACUUCUGCUUGUUCAUGCUGUGUGUGUGAGUGUGGCUGCUCUCUAUUUUUCUGUGAAUGUAGCAGCAAAAUGGUAGGUGCCCCUCUGUGGCUACCUGGGUGCUUAAAUUCCAACCAUGUCUCACAAGAUUUCAAGUUAACCCCAGCUGUAAUCAGACUGUUUUAAUGUGAAAAGUGAAUUUGUUUCAGAUUCUGUAUAAAAUGGUUUAUCAAUGAGGGUCAUGGCCACUUUUAAAUCUCUGAAAUGGCAUUAGCAGAAGUAUUUUCUCAAUGUUUCAGAUUUUCAUUAAAAAGAAACCCUUUGUUAAUA